CGCCAGAAGCAUAACCGCAGAAGAACACGGAAUCUAUCUCUCUCUUUCUUUCUCUCUCAUCUCUCAAAUACAAAAAUAAAAAGCUAGGCAAAUCCAGAGAGAGAGCCCCCAAAAAAAGAAAACCAACGGUGCUGAUAAACCUCACUCUCUCAUCCCACUCGUCUCCUCUCUCCUCUCUUCUCCAGCGUCCGAUCAAAUUCCCCCACAAAUCUGAGUCUCUCGCGCCAAAUAAAAGCCCUCUAAAUACAAACAGGGUUUCCAUGGCUGAAGCUCCGGGAAGUCCAGGCGGCGGGAGCCACGAGAGCGGCGGCGACCAGAGCCCGCGCUCGAACGUUCGGGAGCAGGAUCGGUAUCUCCCGAUCGCUAACAUUAGUCGGAUCAUGAAGAAGGCGCUUCCUGCUAAUGGCAAAAUCGCCAAGGACGCCAAAGAGACCGUGCAGGAAUGCGUUUCCGAAUUCAUCAGCUUCAUCACUAGCGAGGCGAGUGACAAGUGCCAGAGAGAGAAGAGGAAGACAAUUAAUGGCGAUGAUUUGCUCUGGGCAAUGGCUACUUUGGGCUUUGAAGAUUAUAUCGACCCCCUUAAGGUUUACCUCACUAGAUACAGAGAGAUGGAGGGUGACACCAAGGGUUCAGGGAAGGGUGGAGAUUCAUCUUCUAAGAAAGAUGCUCAGCCAAGUUCAAAUGCUCAGAUUUCUCGCCAAGGUUCUUUCUCCCAAGGAGGGAAUUACUCAAAUUCUCAAAGCCAACAUAUGAUGGUUCCUAUGCAAGGGACAGAGUAGAUCCAGUCGUCUUGUCGAUGCAAUAAUUUAGCUGCCUAUUUAAGGAGAUCAUAUUCGGUGCCCGGAACAUAUUAAAUUAUUUCUCUAGUCAAUGACAUAAUGUGUGAGUAUUAGAGCUCUGUGUCGAGUAGUAUUUUCUGUUGUGUAAGUUUAGGAGUUUCUUCGAGUUGAAUGUCUCUCUCAUGAGAUGGUAUUGUAAACCUCAGGAGGAUCCUUCAUUCUUCUCAUCUGUAACAUGUGUCAUGGCAUGUGUUAAUCAAACUGAUUAGGAAAUUUAUGCCCUUCAAAUUUCUAUGUUAUGUUAUUAUUUUAGUCCGUUUUACGCGGAAUUGGAA